AUGUCAUACACAAUCCUCGGCCGUAGCAUCAAAAACGAGUACCUCGCCCUUGGUACAUUCGGAAUCACCUUCGGUUCUGCAUACCUUGCUACUCGUGGAGGAAGCAAGACUGCCCAAGCCAAACCCGUCACUGUUGAGCAGGCUAAGCAGACUGUCCCUAUCAACGCUGGAUCUUCCGAAGAGGAACAAUUUAUCCUCAACUUCAUCAAGGAGGCUGAGAAGGAGGGCGCUGGUUCCGCAUCUAGCCAUUAG